CUAUACGAAUCAAGUUCCAACGAAUCUCGUGUUAUCCUUAUCAACGAUUUGAACAACACCAUACGUGAAGUACAGUGUCAAUUUAGAACGAAGGAGCUUUGGUGCCUACAUGUGCUUUGUUGUUCUGUUCUAGUACAUUGAGUGUAUGUGUUUUUGCGUUCUUCUCGCCAAUCUCCUGUUUUAAGACAAAAUGGUUCACCGAGUCUGCAUGGUAACUAAUUGCCGCAAUACGUCAUCAACUACACGCUCAAAAACAUUUAUCAGAGUACCAACAGAUGAAAGCAAACGAAGAAGAUGGCUUCAAGCGGCAAGAUUGAAUCAUGAAGUACUUCCAGCAAAUGCCAAACUAUUUAUAUGCGAGGAUCACUUUGACCUCCCUAACGAUAUGGAAAAUUUCACAGCAUGGAAAACGAUGGGUGAGCGUUUACGCUUGAAAGAAGAUGUCAUUCCGCAUAAGUUAUUACGGACGAACGCAGGAUCUGCCGCUAGAACUAACCCCAGGAAAACGAGUGUCAUAAAACUUAACCCAAUUGUUGAAUCAUCCUCAUCGACGAAGACAAACGUAGUCACCCCUACGUUCACAGCAGUACGACCAGAUGGUAGUGUAUGGUAUCCUGAUGAGAAAAAGAAGACAAUCAGCGAAAUUAUGAAGGAAAAUAUCAUCAAGAUGUCGAAUGCGAUUACCGGCAAAACUCAUAAUGACAAUGACACCAAUAAUUUGAAUAAAACUGCCGCCAUAGAUUGGAAUGCAAUUCUCAGUAGAGGAUUGAAUGAAGCUACCAGCAAAACUUCAAAUAAUAAAAAUGACAACAAUAAAACUGAAAGCAAAAUCUUGAGUGAGACUUCCCCCAAAAGUUUAGAUAAGAAUACCAACGAGAAUUCGAAUGGAAAUGCAACCGCAGGUAUAGAUACAAUUAUAAGAAAAUAUUUUAAUGAGUUAGGCACCAAAAAUACGAGUGAAGAUAUUGGCAAAUGUUUGAAAGAGAAAACCAGAAAAAGAUUUAAGGUGUCACCCGAAAAUGAGCGUAAACCAGACUGGUCCGUCACCAUUGAGCAAGUAUGCAAACACUGUAAAUCUAGAAAAACUCUUAUACCUCAUAAAGAAAAUACUCCCCCCUCUCUUGAGGUGACCAUAUGUACUUGUCAACCCAGCACUACUGACGCGAAAGAUAGUCAUUUUGACAGUAACGGAAAUGGCACCGGACCCAGUGAAUAAUCAUUCACUAGUCACCGAAAACAUUCCGUUACUAACUUUGGGUUUGACGAAUCCUAUAUACAUUCUGACAAAAAUAUUUUUUAUUGAAAAAUGUCUGAUCAACCGCCACUAGCGGUUUUUUAAAAGUUAUUUAAUUUUCGAAACCCAUAUGAAGUUGAAAAUCAUGUAUUGGAACUCACGUUUCCAGGAACACAAAUGGAAGUUUGAAAUCCAAAAAUGAAUCAUGAAUCUGUCAACUGAAUGACUGCGACGAAUCAGAAUUUAUAUUUUGACUAAUGAAGUUAUGAAAAGAAAAAUAGAUUUCAAAUUUAAAUAGUAGUUGAGAAAAAAAAUUUUUGAAAAACUUUUGCUAUGAACAUUGUGAUUUUAUAUUUUAAUAAAACCCUAAUUCAUAUAUUUUCUGUAUACAAAACUGAUACUUUGAAUUUGAAAACAUUGUUUUAAUAAAUUCCUUUUUUAAC